AUGCUUCUUCUCGGACUCCUCACCCCACUCCUCGGCCUUGCGGCCGCUGCUCCCAACCCCAACAGUCCCUCCAAGGUCAAGAUCCACGGAGUGAGCCUCCUUGGAACCGGCUGCCCUGCUGGCACCGCCGAUGUCCAAGUCGAUGCCACUGGGACGCUCUUCGAGGCCACCUUCUCCGCAUACGAGGUGCAGACUGGCCCUGGUACCAAGGCCGCUGACUGGCGAAAGAACUGCAAGCUCACUCUGAACAUGGAGUUUGAUUCCGGAUUCCAGUUCUCCAUUCUCGACACCGACAUGAUUGGAUUUGCCGAGAUACCCCAGAGUGCCAAUGGCCAGUGCAGCAACGUCUUCUCCUUCACCGGAAACCCCCAGACGGUCACCUAUGCCAUCAAGCUUCCCGGACACUUCAGCGGCGACUUUGACCUCAAGUCCCGCGCUGGCAUCGAGUCUUGGUCGCCUUGCGGUGGCAGCACUGCUAUUCUCAACAUGAACACGGCUUGCGCCAUCACCCCAACCCACCUCCCUGCCCUCAUUGCCGUCGACCACAUCAGCGGCAAGCUCAGAGUCAAGUUCGCCGUCCAGUGGCGCAGAUGCCACAAGUAA